CUUGUUUUCCUAUUUACGGAAAUUCAAAAGUUAAUUUCCAUCAGUCUUCAACAAAUUUUUUUUAUAUUCUUUUUGAAUAAAUAAAUUUCUUUCAUCCUGUUCAAAUUGAUUUAGUUCAUUGAUUAAUCAAAACAUUAGAACAAAGAAACUUCACCAUCUCUUACAUUUGCCUCCUCGAUCCGCUCGUCAACGAUGCCGGAGAUGCUAAUGUAUUGAGAGACGAUGAUGAAGUACUCUACGAUGCGCUUGGAAGUGAUGAAGAAGUGGCUAAAAUUUUCAACAAGAUGGAGCACUGUUUUGGUUUCUAAUCCAGAAACUUAGGUUGACGCAAACGAAAACUACAGGAUCAUUGCCUAUUUUAGCAGCCCUUGGAUCUUUAUAGCAUUUGUGGGCGCCAUUGCUGCACUUCUCCUCAGUGCUCUGCAGACUUACUACAUCAUUAUUCCAGCAAAUUUGCUGGAUGGGUAUCAUUGGCGAAGAACUGGUUCUGUCUAGACUAGAUCGACUAGACAACAUGUUAUGGUACUUGGUUUUCCAUUUCCAUGCAUACAUUAAUUAGUUCCAUGUUGAUAACUUAUAUUUUGAUGAUCACAGCUAAGGCAGAUGGAGGAAAUGAAAGUGGGAAAUAAUAAUAAUAAUAGCAAUUACAACAGGAUCCCCAGCCCCGGGAGCUCAGGUGCAUCAAUCCCAUCAAGUGGGACGUUGACCAGCAUAUGUACCGACAUUGGGAAGUUCUGCCGUCCGAUGGAUCACGUGAUAGUGGAGACUCAGGUCAAAGGAACGCUCAUUCAAAGGCUGGACCAAGCAGAGGAUCGCCUACUUAAGCUGUGUGUGCAGUUGGAGGAAGAAUUGGAGAAAGAGAAGAGGAGGCAAGUGGAGAAGAAGGGGAUCAAACAGUUUGUGAAACAAUGUGUCGUAGGGAAACACAGACGGGCGCAACGGAGAGUUGGCAAAAUAAAAUAGAGAGCUUCAUACAUAUAAUUUAGUGUGUAUAUAUUUAUAUAUGUUUAGCGUGCAUGGACGUUUCUUUCUGUUGUUUUUUGGCAUACUUUUAAUGGCGGCCUUGUGUUGAAUUCCGUUAGCUGUUGUUGUCUCUUGAAAGUGGGUUUACCUGUUCAACGUUGGAGGGUGUGAUGUGUGUGACGAAGAUGAAGACCAAAUG